AUGCUCGAGGACGAAGAGGCCAUAGAUUACGGCGAGGAUGAGCUCAACGCACCUCUUGUCGACCAAGACGAGGUGAGCUUGACACUCGACGGCGACGUUGCUCCAAUCGCGUCAACCGGGAAUACAGUCGUCGAGGAACAAGACGACAAGCUGCCAGAAGCACCUAAAGAAGCCAUUACUGCAGCCGCUCCAGAAGAUUCCCCAGGUCAACCUGGUGCACCCGAGACAACGUCUCCUGUGACUGACGACGCGACUACACCGUCAAGAGACGUCAAGGAACCUGCGAUCGCACCGGAGGAGAGCACCAAGGCUACGAAAGCGGUGACUGACGACCGCUCGGAGCACCAUGAUGCAGCAGCAUCCGCGUCUGCAACUGUCGCUACAGACGACGGUGUACGAAAAGAGGCGAAAGGUACCGACAAGCGUCAAGGCGCACGGGAUGAGCUGCCACCCGGAUGGAUCCGCAUCAAGUCGCGUUCAGCUGACGGCGACGUCUAUUACUACAACGAGACGACCGGUGAGAGUAGCUGGGACAGACCCACCGGCCCCUCACAAGCCCGCAACAAAGGCGACUCGAGAGCAACUGGCACGUCCACUGCCGAUGCUCGCUCGGGACAGCAAAAGAAGAAGAAAAAGAAAAGCAAGCGUGCCAGAGAUGCCGAAAAGGCUAAGAUCGCCGCUGCAGCAGCCAAAGACGCGCGGUCCUCCCAGACCGCCGGCAAAGGUCGUGAUACCGGAGCUCGGGCGUCGGGCGAGCGACAGCAGGACACGAAAGAAAAGCAAGAUGCAUCUAAGAACAAUCGGGACAAAGCAGCCGAGCAGGGAUUCAGCAUCAAAGGCUCUGCCCAGCGUCAGGUCGAGCCAGCAGAUUCUGCCAAGGAUGGCGCCUCCAAGCAGGGCAACGGUCAGCGCUCGAACGCAUCUAGCCAACAGCACGCCGACUCGAACGGGAAACGUAAACGAAACGAUGGCGGUUCGAGCUCCAUUGGAAAGGGACGCUCCAAGGGCGAUACCCCGAAUCAGGCGUCUUCUCGACCAAGCGAUGCAGCCGAUGCAAAGCGACAGCGUUCGGACCGAGACGAUCGUGGUAGGGAGGGUGGCGCCCGCGCGUCUAGCAAUUGGUCGGAAGAUGCCGCGCCGCGAGAUCGUAGAACGGGCGAUUCCUGGCGACCUGGGGGUGACGCAGCUAGGCCUGCGUCCAGACACGCGGACAACGAUCGCAGAGAUGCGGCGUCGGCCUCGCGUGAUCGCCCACGCGAGCGAGAUGGCGACCGAAAUAACGACCGACACAACGACCGAAGACGCGAGGAUAACGAUGCACGGGACAGACAACGUGAUGAAAGAGACCAUCGCCGUCGAGACAAUGGUCGCGAGCAAGGUCGCGAUCGCGAGCGCGAGCGAAAUACAGACGAGCGAUCAGCUCCUCGAAAUGACCACGCAAACAGAAGCUCGGACAAGCCGACCAAUAGCGGACAGUCCGACUCGAAAGGAACCGGAAGGGAUGCCGAUGGUAAAGGUAACAACAAUCAAAGGAACGGAAACGGAAAUCGCAACGAUAGAAGGGAGGACGAUAGUCGCAGGCCGCAGCAGCAGCAAAGGAAUCGCGGAGGCAAAGGUCAACCCAACGAGCUCAGCUCGAUCAAUUCGACGAGUUCCAACAACAAGCGUCAAUGGGGAGGAGCUGCGCCGGCGUCCAGCGCAUAG